AUGAAGGACUUCCCUUCAUGCUUUGGUGAAAAUGCAGUUCAGGUUGCAGAUUCUUCAUCUUCAAACGCUAGCAAAACUGCACAGAAUCUGGUUAUCUGCGUUUACCAAUGCCGGAUAAGAGGUAAGUGCUGCUUGAUAACCAUCACGUGGAGUAAGAGCUUGAUGGGGCAAGGGCUUAGCGUUGGGAUCGAUGAUUCUUCAAAUCAGUGUCUGUGUAAGGUGGAUAUCAAACCCUGGGUAUUUUCCAAGAGGAGGGGUAGUAAGAGCUUAGAGGCUUAUUCUUGUAAGAUUGAUGUGUAUUGGGACCUUUCUUCUGCUAGAUUUGGUGUUGGUCCCGAACCCUUGGAGGGAUUUUAUGUAGGAGUAGUUGUAGAUCGGCAAAUGGUUCUGCUUCUCGGAGAUUUGAGGAAAGAGGCUUUCAAGAAGUCCAGUGCCAUCCCAUUACCCUCUAAUGCAGUGUUUGUUGCCAAAAAAGAACAUGUUUUUGGCAAGAAGAUGUUUGGUAACAAGGCAGUGUUUUGUGACAAUGGUCAGAUUCAUGAUCUUGUCAUAGAAUGUGACACUUCAGGGGUGUCUGAUCCGUGCCUUAUCAUUCGCAUAGAUAGCAAAACGGUGAUGCAGGUGAAGAGGCUCAAGUGGAAGUUUAGGGGAAACCAUACCAUCUUAGUGGAUGGCCUUGCAGUUGAAGUUUUCUGGGAUGUUCAUAAUUGGCUCUUUGGCACAUCUCUUGGAAAUGCUGUCUUUAUGUUCAGAACAUGCAUCUCCGAGGAAAAAUUGCGGGCCGGUCAAUCCCUUUCUGAUGCAAAUGUGGUGCAGUGGUCGUUCUCUCAGAGGUUUUCUGAGACCAAGUCACAAGGUCUUGGCUUCUCACAUAUUUUAUACGCGUGGAAGAACGACUAG